AUGGGUGAGCGGCCCUCCUACUCGUGGAGGAGUUUAUUGGAGGCUAGGCCUGUGUUACAGGCAGGACUUGUAUGGAGAAUUGGCAAUGGGCAGUCCAUGGACAUUGGGAAUAAUGAGUGGAUUCCAAAUGUAUCUCAUCAUUCCAUUUCUCGAACGGAUGAUACUAUCUUUGAGCGUGUCUCUGAUUUAAUUCAUGGUGAUUCAUUAACUUGGGAUCAUGCAACUGUGCAUGCUUGUUUCGAGCCUCAUGUAGCUGCUCAAAAUACUAGAAUAGCAUGUGACUUCUCUAUUGGCAAUAUCUUUGCUUCGUCUUCUUCUGGGGAUCCUUACAGUCCUAUCUGGAAAGCCCUAUGGAGGGCUAAAGUUCCUAGUAAAGUGGCUAUCCAGUUUGAGAAACGGGGUUACUUCUCUGUCAAGAGUGCUUAUAGAAUAGCAUGUGACUUCUUUGUUGGCAAUAUCUUUGCUUCGUCUUCUCCUGGGAAUCCUUACAGUCCUAUCUGGAAAGCCCUAUGGAGGGCUGAAGUUCCUAGUAAAGUGGCUAUCUUUAGGUGGAGAGCGGUGCAUAAUCUUUUACGUAGUCGUGCAGCCCUAAAGUCCAAAGGGGAGAUUGUGGGUGCUCCUCCAUUUUCCAUUCCUAGGUCUACACUCAGGUGGAAAGAUUGGAUGUUGGAUCGGGCUACCUCCUUGGCCCUUGAAUCCUUUGAUCAGUUGCUUGUUCUUCUUUGGAGUAUAUGGAAAUAUAGGAAUGAUGUUCUAUGGAGGGACCGCAUUCGACCCAAUGCUUAA